AAAACACAAGUUGUUAAGAAGGGACAACCACAUAACCCGGAUUUUAUUAUCAACAGUCGUCACAUACAUCACCUCCACUUUCUCAAUAUUCUCUCCCUCUUCCUCCUCCCUCUCCUCCUCCACCACCACCACAACCACCACCACUUUUCCUCCUCCACCACCACUUCUCCUCUUUCUUUUUGUCUCCUUUCAAUUCCUCAAAUUUUCAGAAAAAAAUAGCUCAAAACCAAGCUAGCUUCUUCAUGGAGACUAUAGUGUAUGAUGUGAUACAUUUAUGAGGUUUUAUAAACUUAGAAGUUAGAACCACAUAAUUGAAACUAAGGUAAGUUUUUUUAAUUUUAAUCUUUUUUAGAUUUAUCAUGAUGGAGGUUUUAACAACAACAACAACCGCCACAAACACUACUCCUUUGGCAACAAUUUCAAAACCAUCAGAACCCGAUUCAGAAAACCCGACCCGAAUCCAACAACAACAACCCGUUAACACAACAACCUCAAACAUAACAAAGCCUCUGUCUUUUUCAAAUGGGGUUCUUAAACGCCACCAUCCCAACACUCACAACCACCACAACAACAACGUUGUUGCUGUUACUUACAAAGAAUGUCUCAAAAACCACGUGGCAACUUUAGGUGGUCACGCACUAGACGGUUGUUGUGAAUUCAUGCCGUCACCAACCGCCACCUCCGACGACCCCGCUUCCAUAAAAUGCGCCGCUUGCGGAUGUCACCGGAAUUUCCACCGCCGUGAACCAGAAGAACCGAUUUCCACCGUUUUUGAAUAUCAACCUCACCACCGCCACCACCCACCACCUCCGCCGUUGUUUCAGUCCCGUUCGCCAAGCUCCCCGUCUCCACCGCCGAUCUCAUCAUACCCAUCAGCUCCACAUAUGCUCUUAGCACUCUCUGGUGCCGGAGUCGGACUCUCGAUCCCGCCGGAAAACACAGCAGCGCCGUUAAACCUUGGUUCUCCGAUGGGAGCUAGUAGAAAAAGAUUCAGAACAAAAUUCUCACAAGAGCAGAAGGAUAAGAUGCAUGAAUUUGCUGAGAGACUUGGGUGGAAGAUGCAGAAGAGAGAUGAAGAAAUGGUUAAUGGAUUUUGCAAUGAAGUUGGUGUUGAUAGAAGUGUUCUCAAAGUCUGGAUGCAUAACAAUAAGAACACUUUGGGAAGAAAAUUAUCAGAUCAUGGUAAUGGUGACGGCGACGCCGUAAGAUCCGCCGUAGACGGUGUCUCCGAUGGUGGUUUUGGUGCUCAUGAGAAUGAUAAUGAUGGGAUUAAUGUUGCUGCUUGUGCUACUAAUGGAUCUUCUUCUUCUUCUUGAUUUUUUUUAUGAGAGAUUAAAAAAAAUAUGAGGGAAUAAUAAUAAUAAUUGAUAUGUUUAGAUUAUAUUAUAGAGUAAUUAAGAGUUGGUAUUAGUUAAUUUAGUUGUUUUUUUUUCUUUUAAUUUUUCUUUUUUCAAUUUAAUUGUUUAGUUUUUGUUAAUUAAUGAGAUUAUUAUGAUGAUCAACUUCUUGGAUAA